GUUAAAUUACCCGACUGUUGAGAUAACAUAAAAUCCGUGAACUGCAUUUCAAAAAUAAAUAAAACGUAAACAAUAAGAUUAUCCGCAAUGUUUAAUUAAUUGAUGCUUAAGUUGUAAUAGUACCAAGAUGGAGCCCUCAAAAGAGGCUAUUGCUAUUCGUGUCACGCGGAUAAACAGACUAAUUUUGGGCAAAGUGACCAGUGGAAAUAGUAAACUUUUUAAGAAAAUAGAUCGUGAAUCGUUGUUGGAUGCUUUAACUGUUUUAUACGAUGAGUGUAACGAAGAUCCAGUCAAAAAAUGUGACGAACUGGUGCGAAUUUUUUUGGAUAAAUAUCGAAGCUCUCUCGCUGAGCUACGAAGGGCAAGAGUAUGCAUGUCAGAUUUUGAGAUGAUUCAAAUGAUUGGCCACGGUCACUAUGGAGAAGUGCAUAUGGUACGUGAGAAACAAACUGGAGAUGUGUAUGCACUAAAAAGUGUUCGCAAAGAUGAGGCAAGAAAACGAGUAUCAGGAGCUGAGGAUGAACGUGAUAUACUUGCUGCUGGAGCAGGACAUUGGAUACCACGUCUCCAAUAUGCCUUCCAGGACAGCAGCAAUCUGUAUUUAGUUAUGGAGCUGUGUAAUGGGGGUGAUUUAUCAGGAUUCCUCAUGCGACGCAACCAUCCUUUGUCCGAGAGAGAUGCAGCAUUCUAUAUAGCUGAAGUGGCACACGCACUUAAAGCGUUGCACGCUAUGGGCUACGUGCAUCGAGAUGUUAAGCCGCAAAAUAUAUUGCUAGACAGAUGCGGGCACGUGAAGCUGGGCGACUACGGCUCGUGCGCGCGCCUGUCGGAAGGCGGUUGUGUGACGGGCGCGACGGCGGACUACGUGGCGCCCGAGCUUCUGGACGACUGUUCCGGCGCGCACACUGUGUGUCUCGAGUACUGCCGCCGGGCUAACACUGCUAUUUCAGCCUGCGAUUACUGGUCACUAGGUGUGGUAGCGUUUGAAUUAGUAACGCUCAGGCGACCGUUUUCUUCGGGUGAAGACGACUCUGUACUGAAAAUACUAAGUAACAUACAAAAGUAUGAGCGCGAUUCGAACGCAAUGCCCCCAUUUGAGCCACUACCCAACGGUCCGUCAAACACGUGGCGCUCGUUCGUCAGCGGGCUGCUGCGAGUGUCUCCCUCGAAGAGAUACAACUAUCUGAAUACUUUACAGCACCCGGCGCUCGCACAUUUAGCACUGCACGCCAUACGUGACCAGGUACCACCGUGGGUGCCACAUCUACGUGGUCCGGAAGACGCCACCUUCCUCCCAAGUCCAACGAGAGAGGCCUCGCCACCUUCCGCCGCGCCUUUUCGCACAAGGCCACCAUUUGCUGGCCAUCUGCCUUUUGUUGGUUACUCAUACGUAGCUCCAGAUGAUAGCGAAGAAAGCAGCAGCGGAUUCAACGCGUCGCAUGAUUGCACAACUAUUGACUUGCAAACUUUUAAGUCUGCAGAGAAGUUAGCAAUUAUGCGUGGACGUGAAAUAGCGUCGUUACAAAGUAAACUCGCAGCGGCAGAAUCAGCCACGAAUCACGCAGUAGAACGUGCUCGACGUGACGCCGACGCUGAAGCCGAAACUCUGCGCUCUAAGUUACAAGCUGAAAUCACUGCACUUACCUUACAGAACAAGCGUCUCGAGCGUCAAAUAAAGGUGGAGAAGGAGGAACGCAUGGCUUUGCAAUGCUCUAACCAAGAGCUACGUUCCGGAAUCGCUGAGCGUACAAAAAACGAGCUAAGAGUCGUACAGACGCAAGCCUCUGAACUGCAGUCUGAAAGGGAUCUUUUGAAAGGCGAUCUUUCGAGGGUUGAGGCGCGAGUGAAGGAACUACAGAUGGAAUGUUCUAGCGCAUUAGCUGCGGCGGACACAGCGCGGGCGCAACAUAAACAUUACAAGGACACCAUAGCAAAAGAGCGAGCAUUGCGGCGUCAAACCUUAAGUGGGAGUGAAGGGGACGGAGCUAGGGUAGCCACAGCCGAGGCCAAUGCCGCCCGAGAACUGCGAGCGCGCCGGGAAGUCGAAUCACGGCUAGCUACUGCAGAACAGGAAACAAUCCAACUAAGGGCUCAUGUAGAACAGUUGAAGGACCAGUUGAGUAGAGCACAGGACGCAGUGCGUGAAAAGGAACGCAUAGCCGCUGCGACUAAUCAGCGGCUAAACGAAAUUCAAGUUCAUCUGGCGCAAGAACGCAUGCGCUGCUCUUCACUAGGGGCACAAGUUCAGGAGUUAGAAAAAGGCAUAAACGAGGCAGCGCAACGCGAGGCGGUGCUAGAAGAGCAGAGCGCGCGUACCGAGGCGCGGUUACAGCAGCGAUGCGAGGCGGCCGAGGCACGCGCCUCCGCCGCGCUACACGACGACGGCAGACACAGGGAAAAGGUGAACACAUUAGAACAGCUCGUCCGUCAACUAGAACGCGAAGUCAGCGCUUUAGAAAACCGUUCGUGCACGCGUUGCGCUGUGAAUAGCGCUGAAGCCGCUGCAAAGGGUCAAGCCACCAGUAGUACCAACACCGAGGAACCUGAGGAAGUCGACGCCCAUAGAGACAACAGGAGCGAUACGGAAAGUGUCACGGACGCUCAUGUUAAUGCACAUGUCUCCGUACUGAAGGAACAACUAGAACGCGCUGAAGCACAGUUACAAGCCCGAGCCGAAGAAAUUGCGACACUCCGCCAAGAAACCAGAGCAGCUAAUUUAGCUAGAUGGCGUAAGGAAAAAGAGUUCGAUGACUUAUCUCUAGACGCAAAAAUGACAGCGAGAGAACUGAAGCGACUGGAAGAGCGUCUCUCGUCCGCGCUCGAAGCGCGAAGAUCAGCCGAAGAGAAAGCCGGGUUGGUGCACAAGGAAAUAACUACAAUAAAACCGCAGUAUGAACAGAUCAAGAAAGAAGCCGAGAAAUUAAGGGAACAGGUGGAUAAAUUGCAGAAGACUAACCAAGUUUUACAAGCGGAGGUUGACAGAUCGAGGAAUGAUAUACGUAAGCUGAAAAGCGAAGUUCAAUACAGCGAGAAGCGUAGACUGCACGCGGAGGAGCAAGAGGAACUGUCUUCGAGGGAGCGAGCCCAACUAAGAGACGAACUUGCGCCACUUCGAGCACAGAAUAACGACUUAGUGGAAAACAACAAAGCGUUACAAGAAGCUUGUAGUUUACUAGAGGAACAGCUCACAGAUCUGGAAAAGCUGGCGGAUCAUCAUGAGCUCAAGAACAAAGAUCUCGAGAGUGAAAUGACACGUAUGCGAAACGAUUUACAAUCGUGUCGGGAGCGAUUAGCGGAGGCUGAACGUCAUGGCGCCGAACAGGCAGUUUCUGCAGGGCUUGCUGUGCAGCGCGGCGACGAGGCUCGCGAACAGUUGCGUAUGGCCAAUUCACAUCUACAGAUAUUGCGCGAGCGGCUUGAAAACCGGGAGUCUCUACUAGCGGAAGUGGAAACCCGGGUGGCGACCCUCGAAAGUGAAAUGGCUUCGCGGGACGCUGCGCUCAACAGCGCGGCGAGGCGCGUGCGCGACCUGCAAGAAGAAUGCGCCGCUCUGCGCACGCGUGCUCACCACCAUCACGCGCAAGCGCUUCAGUUACAGGCCAGCCUCGCCGAGUCACAGGAAGAGGUAGACGCAGCACGCGAGGCGCACGCCGCGGCGGCUGCGUGGUGGCGCACGCGCGAGACUAAAGCAGACGCUACACUGCGACAGCAAGCCAAGCUUAUAGACUUCCUGCAGGCCAAGGUAGAGGAAGCGGGUCGAAAAAAGUGUUCGCUAAGCAAUAAACUGUUUGGACGCUCAGGGCGUCGCACCGCCGCAUCACCACCGUUAAUGAGAGUUAAUAGAGAAUUACGUGAAGAAGUCGAACGAUUACGAGCAAAACUCUCCGCGGCAAGCGUUAACGGAGAUAUUAACUUCAUGCCAACACCGAGGCGAGAGAGGAAAGAGAAACCAAAGAUAGUUGUGAAUAGUUCUUUUGACGUCGACACUCCGGAUGGGAAUGACGAUUCUUUGUUAAUAAUAUGGUCGGAUGGUACCCGUGAUCGCGUUCAAGCCCGUGCGUCGGACCGCACGUUGUUACUGCGUCGCGGCGAGCGGACGGAUCGCGCGAGACUCGUAUCGGCCGACGCACGCGACUUGCCGCACAACGAAGCUAAUCGAGCAUUUACAAUCAAGUUAGAAGACUUGGAGAAUGGUGCUGAAGCAAUAGUAGUUUGCCCCACCAUAGCAGCGCGGUCCGAUUGGCUCAACAAGCUCACGCCCACUUAUAAGCACAGCAUCGGAUAUGACCCGCCAGUCCUCCUGCAGACCCGAGCGCAACCCACCACCGCGCUCUAUGUAGCGUCAAACGCACUAGCUAUAGGUUCUCUGGACGGUUUGCAUUCCCUUCGUGGUCAACUGCGCGUGGAGUGGGAAGGGGACGUAUCUCCGCCGCGUCGCUCGGAGCCGGCCGCCGUACAGCACUUGGCGGCUGCGAGUGGUCGCGCGCUACUCGUAAUCGGAGGCUUGGCGGCGCACACGGGACUGCUCGCCCUCGGCUCGGCGCUUCGACGCGCCCCCGGCCUGCGCCCAGCCGCCACCCUCUCCAGGGUGCAACUACCCGAUAAUACUACACCGCACUUAGUCAAGGGAAUCCCAGAGGUAACAGAAGGGCAUUGUGCGGCGGUCGCUUGCGGUCGUCGCGUGUUCCUUUUGCGUUUCGACGCAGCGAACGCAGAGUUCAAAAUUGCGCGCUCUCUUACUGUCGAUCGCGCACCUUACGCAAUGCUUCUCACCCAUAACGUAAUAUACAUCGCGGGAGAGAAACCUUUAAAAGUUAACUUGCCAUCUGGUGCGCUGGAGGCCUUUGCGAUGGACGAACCGGUAGUUGCCGCUGCGUUCAAGAAACAUUCCGCACCCAAAGCGAUAGCGCAAAUCCGAAGUAAACCGGUUGAAAUACUUAUCUGUUAUGCCGAAUGUGGGGUAUUCGUCGAUGAGAAUGGAAGGCGAACGCGCAAUGAAGAUCCUAAGUGGAGCUCAGCCGUACACUCCUGGGAAUACGUUAGUCCUUUCCUCUACGUCGUGGGGGAAGAUAGGGUCACGAUUAUUUAUAUAAGUGACGAUACAUAUAGAUCACCGCCUUGUACCUGCGACACUACUUCACUAGCUUCGACUGCGUCUGAAUGUUACCAACCGGAUAUUUUUAACUAUAAGUGCAAAGAACCUUUUCUAUUAGGAGCAGCACCGAAUGGUAUCAUCAUAAAAUCAAAGAUAGACGAUGAAUACAAAGUUUCGAUUGUUGAAGGCAUGGCAGCGUUUAAGAGUAUGGGUACUUCAUUGGAUUCAUUAGCAACCAUAUCGGAUUCUAAAGGCUCGUCGACUUCAGACCUAGCUCAAUCGUUGACCGAUUUAUCGCCCCAGGACGUGUCUCAAGAAAGCGUCGAGUUGACUACAGGGUUUUUAGCUGACAUAAGGAAAAGGGCUCAGCAGUUACGAACAAAAAAUCGCCAAGAACAAUCGGCGGAUGAUGUCAUUAAAGAAAUUUUGACUACAGAAGUUGGUUUAAAACGCACUUCUAAUGGGAGGAAGUCCCCCGCAGUAACUUUGGAGUUUGACUCGGAUUCUGAGUCAGAGAGUGAGGAAGGCACUGGAUCCACGAAAUGUACGGCGGAUGUUUGCGCUGAAAUGUUCACAAGGCAAGUCCGCUUCACAUAGACAUUACAUACCAGAAGCAGUCCAUAGGUCCAUGUCCUACGUAAUAAUUACGAUUGGUAACCCUAGUCUUUAGUAAGUAUAAAGUAUUUAUUGCAUUAACUGCCUUACCAUUUACUUUUUAUUUCUUUGCAGACAAAGUAUUUUACUUAAAAAUUAGAAAAAUGGAACUACAUGGAUUCGAGAUGAGAGCUGAUCCUCUAAAUAUCACAUUUUAUGCUCAAAAAACUAUUUCGAUAUCUCUUUAGUGGCUAGACUAGUACAGUCGCAUCUGAUUCGUAAAAACACUGUGUUAUACAUAUACACAUACACUGUGUAUAUAAUACAUGUUGACAAGAAUAAUGAGUGCACGACAGUUUGUUUAGGACAAAAGUUACCUAAGCUACAGUUGUCAAGAAAAGCGCCUUAAAGCAGCCGUAAGUAAUAUGAUAGUGACAAUUAGUUCACGCACCGCUUAAUACUAUUUUUUAGGCAUUUUCCAUAAAAACAUUUUUUUUAGUUUCUAGCUAUUUAAAAUUUAAAGUUGAUAUACAGUGGUUACUUAUUUAAACGGCGACUGGCAAAAUUGAACUCAUCAAAUCACACGAGUUUGUGUUUAUAAUUUGUCUGUACCAUCGGACUACGCGAGGAAAUGGAAAAAAAAAUGCAGUUUUAUUGUGACCGUUAGGGAUUUAGCCAAUGUAGUUAUAUACAUAGUGCAGUCAAUUUAGUAAAGACUUCAAAACAGCAAAGUAGUGAACAAGUGCAAACUCGUGUUAAUUAUUGAUCAAGCUCCUAAAAAUAUCAGCGAGGGCUCAUUCGAUUAUGAAUGCUGUCUAGAAAAAUGUAUCGAAAGUAAUAUUAGCACACAAAAAUUGCAAUUCUUAUUAAAAAAAUUAAGAUAACAAAAAUAUAGUUUUCGCUUUUUGUUAAAUCUCAAAAAAUAUUAAUGUUUAGAGAGUUUUGAAAAAGAAAUCCUUAAAGAGUAGGAAAUUACCAGUAAAAACGGCCGUUACGUUAUAAGGGCAACGCCGCUUCAAACAGAAUAUCACAGAAAAAUAUUUUUCAUAGUCAUCAUCAUCAUCAUCAUAUCAAUUAUCAACCCAUUACCAACACAUUACCCAUUACAUCCUCACACAGAGAAGGGUUUAGGCUGUAGUCCACCAUGCUGGCCCAGUGCGGAUUGAUGGAAUAGUAGUUAAAUGGUUUUUUUUGUAAUAGUAUAUAUUAAUUUAAUGAUAUGAAUAAAUUAAAGUGUAAUCAGAAAACCUAAAACAAUGCCAGUGGUGAAAAAAUAGUCUAUUUUUAAAAAGUUAUGCUAAUUUUAAUUCUCAUAUCGUCUUCCAAUUUCUGUUGUUACAAAAGUCGUCAUAAGUUUAAAUAAUUGAUCUUAAAUUACUUUGCUUCGUGGAGCCUUUCCUAUACAUAUAUAUAUACUUAACAAGAUUGUGAGAUAAAAGAUAACGAAAUUGUUUGUUAUAUUUUUUUUAAUGGACUAAAAUAAUUUUUUUUUGUUUUUUAAUAAAAUGCCGUCUUUAUAUUUUUAGGAGCUUAAUCAAUACUUUUUGCGUUCAGCGUUUUUGGAUUUAUUUACUUGUAAUAAUGACCCCGCUAUUUUACUCUACGUUGUUAACUAAUACUCAGAAUGUUAACCGCCGAUUUUUAGGAAAUAACGGCGAUCUGAAGCGAUUAGUAAAAAAACUGUAGCUUUAAGAAGUUCUGUGUAUCAAAAGGAAAGUAUUAAAAUUUACACAAUGUGUCUUUAGUUAAAGAUGAUGUAACACGUACUUAGUUAUUUUAGCAUUAUGGCUAGGCUAGGUUACUUACAUUGUUAAUUAUGUGUAAAUUAGUUAUUUAUUCAUGUAAUUUACCUUCUUAGUAUUAUUUACACAAUUCGUACUUACCGUAGUAUUUGUGAAUGAGAUUUUUUAUUAACGUAAUUAAUCGAUAAUAAUUUUGAGAAAGAAUUUUAUGUUAUUUUAAAUAUUACGCGGAAUGUUUUUAGGUAUAAUAUUUUACUUGCCUUUCGAAAAAUAUAGCAACAAUCUUUUACUGUGAUUUGAUAAACACUUUAAACUUGUUUACCUAAGAUUUAAGUAUGAUACUUACUGAAUAUCAUUAUGACAUGUUUGCCUACUAUUGUACUAUAAUUAUUAUUAAAGAAUAAUAAAAUAUUUUUUUUUAACA